UUACUGAAUCUACUCAUAAAUCCUUUACUUCACUCUUUUCCCGAUUCUUCAAAUUCUCUCGAUUCUUCAAAUUCUCUGUACCUUCGUCUCUAACAACCGGCGAUCAUCUCUAAUUUCCAAGAAGAAGACCAAACUCCCAAACAAUCCCCUUCAUCUUCCCAAACCAAAACCCAUUCUGUUCACUUCCACCUUCGAUUCAUCAAACCCUACCGUUUUUCUUGUAAAGGUCUUUGACUUCAUCGCUAACGAGAUCGAUUUCUUAGACAUGGAUUCGGCCGAGAAGGUGAUUCUGAGCGGCACUUGCGCUGUUAAGGUGAAUACAGCUAAGGUUGUUGUGGCUUAGAAGGCGGAGGAGAAGGCGAAGGAUGAGAAGGCGGUGGCGGCUGAAAAGAAAGAUAAGGCGGUGGAAGGGAAAAAAGAUGAAAAGAAGGAUGGAAAACCUGAAUUAGCUGACAAUCAAGACAAAUGUUAUUGGCACUCUGUACAUGCUUGGGCUUGCAAAACGAGUUGGAGCAAAGGAUUUUGCUUACAUCAACUUCAGAGGUAUGGGAUCCUCUUGAGCAUCCUCAACCUGAAACAUAUUGGGGCAAUGUUAACCCUAUUGGAGUUCGUAGCUGCUAUAAUGAGGGGAAACGCAAGGCUGAGACUUUGAUGUUUGAUUAUCAUAGACAACAUGGAAUAGGUGAUUCUGGGUCUUCUAUUCCUCUUAAUUUCCUCUCAUUCUCUGUAAGAUAUUGCAUGUAGAUGUUUUCCUUAAUAAUUUAGCAAAGCUUAUUUGUUUCCAACAUAGAAAUACGUGUUGCAAGAAUCUUUAACACAUAUGGGCCGCACAUGAAUAUCAAUGAUGGACGUGUUGUGAGUAACUUCAUUGCUCAAGCAUUGCGUUAAUUAAACUUACAUUUUUUCUUCUAUGUUCUCCACAUUUCAAAAUUGAUGCUUACUAGUUAAAAAAUUGUGUUGUCUGAUGCAACUGUUGGUGUGUUCUAGUGGUGAAUCCUUGACAGUCCAAUCUUCAGGAACACAAACUCGCAGUUUAUGCUAUGUCUCUGACCUGGUUGAUGGCCUUAUCUGUCUAAUGGGAGGAUCAGACACCGGUCCAAUCAAUCUUGGAAACCCGGGUGAAUUCACUAUGCUUGAACUUGCUGAGACAGUGAAGGAGCUUAUUAAUCCAAAUGUGGAGAUAAAGAUAGUGGAGAACACUCAUGAUAAUCCAAGACAGAGAAAACCAGACAUAACCAAAGCACGGUAAUUGCUUGGCUGGGAACCAAAGGUCAAGUUGUGCGACAGUCUUCCUCUUAUAGAAGGAGAUAAACUUUGAAUGCAGUAAUUUGGUGAAUUUAGUUUAUAGAGUUGCAGCUCAAUCUUCCACGACUUCCACAAGUAUCCAGCCUUGAGUUUACGAUGGUUCGGUAGUGAAGUUGAGAUAGUAAAUUGUAUGUACCACAUUUGUAUAUCUUUGUACGGAUUGAAUUACUUUUUUCAUAGGAAAAAUUUAAUUUAUUUAAUUUAA